UAAUUUGAGAUGGGUGUGAAUAAGGAGUAGAGGCAGCAUGCAGUUGUCUCGAUGGAGUCCAACACAAUCACUUUUAAUGUUGCAAUAUCCACUCUCCAAAUAUUUCUCUCCAUAACUUGUCUCUCAACACUCAUCUUUCCCUCCUCCAUUUAAGCCCCAUUUCCCUCCCUUCUCUCUCUCUCGAACUCAAAAAAAUUAAAUCUCCAUUCUCACACACACCACUUUACAUCACUACAAUGUCUAGCAGAAGGCAGCGGUCGAGGCAGUCGGGAGCUUCUCGUAUAACAGACGAUCAGAUUGCCGAUCUCGUCUCCAAAUUACAACAACUCAUCCCUGAAAUCCGCAGCCGCCGUUCCCAAAAGGCUUCAGCGUCGAAGGUGUUGCAGGAGACUUGCAACUACAUUAGGAAUCUGCACCAAGAGGUGGAGGAUCUCAGCCAUCGAUUGUCGGGGCUUCUUCAAUCCACGGACGCCGACAGCGCUCAAGCCGCCAUUAUUAGGAGCUUGCUAAUGUGAUACUACUACUGCUUAGAUGUGUUGUACCUUGCGCUUUAUUGGUUGUCUUCUAGGGUUUGUGGUGCUAUUAAUUUAUGGAUAUCUCAUUUGUCUA